AUCCAAGACCAUAACGACAAAAACAAUACAUCUAAAGAUAGACAUAUACCUCCCAAAUAGUUAUGACACGUAAGUAAUAAUAUUCUCGUAUACGACAACAACAACAACAACAACGCAUAAUCGUGUCGCAUAUAUUGGCCGUGACGUCGUCGUCGUCGUUGCUCAUGACUACGGCGGUGCUGAAUUAUAAUUUAUAAUAUUUAAGUUUUAAUGUCGCGCUCCUAUUCCGGGCCGUAAUAAUUACGCGAUUUGCAAUUCAAAUCGGUCGGCAUUUUCACAUAACCGUCGCGCCGACCGGCGGUGUCAAUCGUAGUCGCACCGUCGGCCGGAGACCGUUUUUCAGCCGUACAACCGCGUCGCCCGACAACGAGACAUGACGACGACCGAGUCGGGUGAGAUGGAGUUUUUGUCGCCGUUUUGGAGCUGGAUCUGGUGGUCGGCGAACUUGGCGGCGAAUUGCGUGGGCGCGGCGGUCAUCACCCGCCGGUUGCUGGUGCCGUGGUCGUGCUGGCUGGGGCGCCGCGCCCUGUGCUGGUGCAGGUACGCCCUGUUCGGCGUCGCCGAUCCCGACCGACCGCGCGCCCCGCCCGCGUGUCGGUGCUGCGGUGGCGUGAACUUUGACGACAUGGCCGGCGGUUGGGCGGUGGUGACUGGUUGUACCGACGGGAUUGGCAAGGAGUACGCGAUGCAGUUGGCCGACCGGGGAAUGAAUGUGGUGCUGGUCAGUCGGAAUUCGGACAAGUUGCGAAACGUAGCGCAGCAGAUCUACGAACGGCACGAGGGUCGCGUGAAGACUAAAAUCGUCGUCGUGGACUUCACGUCGUUGGGCGGCGACGUGCCGCUGGCGAACAGUUACAACGAGUUGCGGCAAAAGCUCGGCCGCAUGGACGUCCGGUUGCUGGUGAACAACGCGGGCUUGAGUUACAAGCGACCCGAAAGGCUGCUCGACUUGGCGUCCACCUGUACCGGCGCACUUCCGGAUCCGUGUCGCGACGUGGUCGAGUGCAACGCGCUGGCCACCGUGGCCAUGUGCCGCAUAGUCAUGCCGCUGAUGGUCGGCAGUGGCGGCAGUGGCGGCGGCGGUGUGGACGGCGACGACGGCUGCGGCGGAGAAGACGCGGCCGAAAAAACGUCUCUUAAACGAGAGGACGGCGGCGGCGGCGUUGUCAUCAACGUGUCGUCAAUGGCGGCUCAGCUCCCGUGUCCGCUGCUCAGCGUUUACGGCGCCACCAAGGCGUUUAUGGAAAAGUUUUCGGUGGAGCUGGCAGCCGAGUACGGCGAAGCCGAGUACAGCGAAGCCGACUCCACCAGUCAGAUCGCGGUCCGAUGCCUGACUCCCAUGUUUGUGGCCACCAAGAUGAGUCAGAUGCGACCGACAGACACCACCGACACGAGUUGGACGUACGCGCCGUCAGCACGAUCGUACGCCAGACACUCACUCCGGGCGUUGGAAUGCCACUGCGCGUGCGGUCGGACGGCUCAGCGGCGACGGGACAGCGGUCGGUCCGACCGAAACGACCGACCUGGUUGGUUGGACCUCGUGGUCAGCGCCGUGGUCGACUCGCCGUCGUCACCGCUGUCGGCCGGACGGUCUGGAGUCACGACCGCCGGUUAUCCGUCGCACACGAUUUUGGCGAUGGCGAUAAACACAGUCCGGUGGUUGUUCGGCGACGAAUAUGUGUCAAACGCCGCUGGUCGAAUAAUGUGCGGUUACCGGGACCGAUUGGCGAACCAGGAUUUAGCCAAGAUGAAAAAACCUACUUCUAGCGCCAAUUUCGAGAACCAAAGUUACGGGUCUGGAAGUCACAAAUAGGUGCUAUCGAAUACAAGACCGAUAAUUACUUAGGCGGUGGACUGUCCUCGCAUCUCACGAUACCGAACAUAAUAGUACGUUUUAAAACAGUUUUCACGGGUAAAAUUUAUGAAAACAUAAUAUUUCCGGGGUGCCCUAAACCUUGAUCAGUCCUUAGAUAUGGGCAAUCGACUAUCGAAGAAUAAUUUAUAAUAUAUAACAAAGUGAUGUGAAUAAUAAUUGAAAGAUUUAUUUAUUUACUUUUUUUUUUUUACAUAAUAUAUAUUAUAAUAUAGUUAAUGGUUAUUAUAUUGUUUUUGUAUGACA